AUGGUCUUGCCACAAGUUGAAGCAAUGGAUGUGGAUCAAGACAUCGACUCCAUGGAUGUUGAUAACCCACCACUCAACUCCAACUCCAAUGACGAGGGGGAGCAACGCCUUCUGUUUCCAGGCGAGAUUGUCAAUGGGAAGCGGCAGGUCCGUUACAUGCGAAUUCAUGGCAAAGGCAUCUCCAGAUCUAUGUUGCAAGAAUGGUGCAAAAGUUUUGCCAUCCCACAUUCUGGAAACAUGAAAACAAUGCGAGAGAGGACAAUUCCCAGGGCACGAAGAGCCCAUCUCAAUGCAAGGUAUGGAGCCGUCUCGAAGCCGACCAAGACAAAAAAAAGAUCAACCAAACGCGCUGAGGAGAUGUUCAGCAGGUCAGCGAUGGCUGCACCCAUCACUCACCUUCUCCCAAUGGAGACCGAAAGUGGCCAAAGCAAGCAAACGGCAUGUGAACGAGAGCAACUGCUCAGCUGGGCAAAGAAAAUUGUGGAGUCAUUAGUAGGUACCAUUUACAUCAAUGAAAUGUGGCAGUUGCCGUGA